AUGCCGACUACGUCUCCAAUGAACCCAUUUUCCAGGACGUCUAUGGCUUCACAUGAUAAAGCUCAAUCGCCGCUUUUUGGUGGAUAUUUACGUAAACGUUAUUCUGGUCGUGUAUACAUGGGUUCAUGGCGAUUCUCUGUCCUACAAGGGGCACGUUUACGCUGGUAUCGGAGCCGAGAAUGUGCCGAGACGGACUCUCAGCUUUGUGGAGAAAUUUGGGUCCAAAGUGUUGAAUCUUGGGACGGUCGUGGAGCAUUAGCACGGACGUACGCACACACGUUUUCUGUACGUACAACGUCCAAGCGGUUACUGCUUUGUGUGGCCGAGACGGCCGAGGACCGAGUGCUGUGGCUACAGCAUUUAGAACGGGCGUUGCAAGGCUCCAAGAGCUCAACGGACAUGACACUGCAGAUGACAGUGGAUGAAGGUGGACGUCGGAUCGUUCCGGGAGACAUGAGAAGACCCACGGACGUUGUACCGCCGCUCUCGACGCCGUGUGCGUUCCCACGUGAAAGGUCGCUUGAUAUCACGUGCAUUUCGUCGGCGCCGUCGGCUUUGACUUGUGAUUCGACAGUGACAAUUGGAGAAGCAGGAUGUGCCGAGUGCUUUGUGCGCUUUCGGCCGUUGAUGGCGCGACGCGUCGUGUGUGGCUCAUGUGCACGCGCGUUUUGUGCGAGACACUGUCGUCAUGGCAUUCGUCUGCAACAUCUUGGACUGCGAGCAGCUCGACGAUGUUGUGACCAUUGUGCACAAAGACAGGAGUUUAUCCGGCAUUUGCGGACGACGAAGCGGCUUCUGAGAUCAAUGGCGAGUCGAGGCAAUGCAAUCGAUGCACUUGUAGCGUGCAACGAUGUACGCGGGAAUCAGGGAGGUGACAUGCUCGCCCGGACACUGCAGAAGCUUCAGCACGGACCAAUGACGCUUAAUCGCACCAUUAAGAUUCUGUACCAGACGAGAAAAAAGCUGCAUCUUUUUCGAGUGGCAUGUGAACGACUGCCGUUCUAUACCGAGACUUGUGUAGAUCGAGUGGAAAAUCUUUGGUACCAGCUCUUGCAUCUCGUGCAAUGCUUGGGCGCUGAGCCAGCCCCACGCUGUACUGCCCAGCUUUUUUAUCUACAGCGCUACAUCCGUGCCAUUUGUCGUCGGUGCCCUCGCAUCGCACUGCAGACCAUUUGGCACGUCCAAGCCUCUGUGGGGGACGGUAAUUACCACAAUCUCCACCCGCACACAUUACUUUCGUUGCUUGGCUUCAUCUAUCCGGAUAUCACGUUACCCGGGAGCUCGCACAUAUUUAGCGUCUGGAAAGACCUCGUGUUUGCCGAUUGUCCUGAACACCAGCUAGCUCAGAUCCUGGCUGAUUUGCGACAAAUCAAUGCUGACAUGGAAAAACUCAUUACGCUCGAGCCUCACUCCAUGAUAGAGCGAUGGCUGAAUGCCAAAACGGUGCCACAGUUUCAGAACUGUGCUGCAGAGUUGGUAGAAUCGGGCAUCGAACUAUGCGAGUUCCAGUCUAGCAUUCUUUAUGAUUCAUUGGAGGUCGAAAAGAGCAGCCUAUCGGAUGAUUCACCGGGGACUGGAAUCGAAUCGCUGGUACUUGAGCAAGUGAGUUUUGUGCAGUCACUGGCGGCCAUUAGUGAACGCCUGCGUCACAUUCAACCCGUAUCGGACCGUGGUAAGUACUUGGCGAGCGAGUUGGAGACACUGAAUAAGACGCUUCAAUCCUCGGCUCUUUAUCCGCUGAGCGCGGCAUCCGAUGAGCUGUACCAAGUAGUUCGCAUCCCACCAACAGAAGGCAAGGUGUUCUCCACAAAGAUGCGUGCUCCGACUCUCAUCUUUGUAGAGACCGUUCCAUUACAAAGUGCUGGUGCGAUUGAUCUCGAUGACUGCGACAGCGAUCGUCUUCGUCCAUUUGUUUUCAGCUCACAGCCUCGUAACUCCACCUUCUUCGAGUCAGCAUUUCUUGAUGAAUCUGAAGUCUCGGGUGUAUCGUUGAGUGGAGAUACCGUCAUGUCGCCGUGCAGCAGCUUGAUAAUGGCAGCACCUACGCUAACAAGCACAGUUACUUGUCCCGAUGAGUUGGCUUUACAGCAGGCAUGCAGCCUUUCGGCCAGCGUGCCCGAAAGGGUAAGCGAUAGACGAGCUAGUGGCCCUGGCUGUACUGUAGAUCAGCACAUGCUUCUACCUAACAACGAGGGACAGGCAACUGCUUCAGCAAGAGGCAGGCGACACACGAGUAUCAUGUCCCACCUGCCCCAGCCAAGUCGUGGUAGUAAAAUUGGUGUUGGUGCACGCACUGGACAUUUGGGCGUCAAAAACUUUGUGUAUGACAGCAAAGUGUUUGGUGAGAGCUGGGAAGAACGCAAGGCGCGUAUUCAAAGCGAGUCGCCAAUGGGAAAAUUACCCGGGUGGAACCUAUUCUCUGUGAUUAUCAAGACAAAUGAUGAUUUGCGUCAGGAGGUCUUUACAAUGCAGCUUAUCCACAAAUUCAAGUCCAUCUUCGAGUUCGAGGCUCCAUACUUGUGGUUACGCACGUACAGAAUUGUUGCAACUGGAGCCAACAUCGGUCUACUGGAGACGAUUACCGAUGCUUGUUCGCUGGACCACCUCAAGAAGACCUUUCCCGGCGGCAAUCUGUCGGAAUACUUUCGUAGUGUAUACGGCGACCCGUCGAGUUCAGAGUUUCUUGCCACACAGCGCCGGUUUAUUGAAAGUAUGGCCGCGUACUCUAUUGUGAGUUACGUGCUACUGCUUAAGGAUCGUCACAACGGCAACAUCUUGCUCAGUUCAGAGGGUCGAAUCAUUCAUAUUGACUUUGGUUUCAUUCUCGGUACUGCACCUGGUGGCAUUUUCAGCGUCGAAGACGCCCCGUUCAAGUUGACGAAGGAGAUGGUCGAUGUGAUGGGGGGGCUGGAAUCUCCUGGAUACAGACACUUCCGUCACUGUCUACGUGAAGGUUUUGUGGUUCUUCAAAAGUACCACUCCGAGAUUGCUGCGUUGCUGCAGACUACAGGGCAACACUCUCCGUUUCCUUGUUUUCACGGUGCGAAGCUCGUGCGCGUCAUCGCAGACCUGCGUACACGGUUAUGCGUUGGACUUUCACGACAAGAUAUUCGUCACCGCGUGACACAGCUGUUACGCAAGAGCUACAAUGCUUGGGGGACUCGACAUUACGACUCGUAUCAACUGCGAAGCAACAACAUUCAUCCGUAG